AUGAAGGUCACCAACAUUGCCCUCGCCGGCGCUACUCUCGGUCUUGCCAGUGCCACCCCUGUUGUGAAGCGCGGCAUCAGUGACGCCGACAUCCUCAACUAUGCUCUGACCCUUGAGCACCUCGAGGCCACCUUCUAUGCGGAGGGUCUCAAGAACUACACCCAGGCAGACUUCGUCAAGGCCGGCAUGGCCGACCCCUUCUAUGCCAACAUUCAGGAGGUUGCUUCUGAUGAGAAGUCCCACGUGGAUUUCCUGACUUCUGCUCUGAAGGCUGCCGGUGCCUCUCCUGUCGCCGCUUGCACUUACAACUUCCCAUCCACCGAUGUGAACAGCUUCCUGGCUCUCGCCAGCGUUCUCGAGGGUGUCGGUGUCAGCGCCUACCUCGGAGCCGCCGCCUCCAUCAUGAACGAUACCUACCUCACAGCCGCCGGCAGCAUCCUCACCGUGGAAGCCCGCCACAGCGCCUACCUGCGCGCCUCCCUCGGCGAGAAGCCCUAUGCCCAGGCCUUCGACAACCCCCUGGACUUCAACGAGGUCUACACCGUCGCCUCGCCCUUCAUUGUCUCCUGCCCCAGCAGCAAUGGAGCCCUCCCCGUCAAGGCCUUCCCCGCUCUGACCAUGAGCGACAUGAGCGCCGUGAUGACCGGCUCCAAGGUCAACCUCAUGGCCGGCACCGGCUUCGACAUGAGCGCGACUGACAUCAACGCCGCCUUCAUCACCGUCACCGGUCCCAUCUGGGCACCCCUUGAGUCGAUGGGUGACGGCAAGUUCACCGUCACCGUCCCUCAGGGCGUUGCCGGACAGAGCUACGUCGUUCUCACCAAGGGCAACAAGAUGGCCACUGAUGACAACAUUGUUGCUGGUCCCGCUAUUGUUGAGGUUGGAAAGAAGGGUGCCAAGGGUAAUAUGAUGGGUAUGGGUAUGGGUAAUGGUAUGGGCAAGAAGAACAUGACUAUGUCCAUGUCCACCCCUUCUUCCACUUCUUCCAUGCCCUGGAGCAGCACUUCUGCCACCGCUGCGGCUUCUUCUUCUCCUGUCUUCAACGGUGCGAAGCAGAUGUCGGGUAGCAUUAUUGGUGUUGUUGGAGCUGGUGUUUUUGCUGCUGCUCUUAUGUGA